UGCCUGUGGUAAGAUGGCCGCCAAAUGCGGAUGUUCCACUCAAUUGGCCAGCAGCGCGGGCGAGACAUAUAGCCUUUAUACAUAUCUAUGUGUGAACCCAUUUAGAACACUAGUAAUCCAGGCUUGCUAAUCUAAAAAAGUGUGUAUUCAAUCCAAUUUUUCUUUUAAAAAAAACAGGACAAAAGUGAGAUGGUUUGCCUGAUCCUUGAUAGCAAAACAUGGAAUUUCCAAAUCUGGAUAAUUUUGAUCCAGAUUAACUGGUUAUUAAUUUCAAUUAAGUAUCAAUGACAACAGAAUUGCAGUGUGUACACUACUACUAGAAUUUCAUGACAUCAUUUGAAACGAGUAAAACGCUAAAUUAUUGGUAUCGGCAUAUGUCAUUCCAAGUAGUCUAAUAUUGGUAAUUUUGUAUAGAUGCAUCCAUAGUUUAAAGCCAGUUUAUGCAAUUUUACUACGAUUUUAUUGGCUAACUGUCAUUUUUGUCGUUCACACUUUGUAAUAUACCCGAGCUGCAAACAAAUUGCCAUUUAAUACUGUCUCUAGAGUCUCUAUCACGUGGUGAUCACUAAACCCUGCUAGUAACAAACUCCCGAGAGAGAAUAUCAACAGGGUUCAUAUAUGACAGUUGAACGGGUCAACUCAAACCUUUUUCAACUUUGUCAAGGUAAGUUUCAUCCAUUCUUUCAUGGACAUUUCAUGCAUGUGUGUGUUUAUUAAAUAUUGAAAGUCUUAAAAAUAAAGGUGAUUGAAGAGCCAUUUUUGGCUGAACAAAAGAUAUAAAAGAAAUGGUUCUCCUAAGAACCUCUGACUGAAUGGUUUUUGAGAAACAAAAAUGGUUCUUCUAUGGCAUCGCUUUGAAGUACCUUUCAAGCACCUUUAUUUUAACAAGUGUAUUGAUACUGUAAUCAUUACACAAUAUUGAAUUGACAAAAUCUUUUUCAAAACGUGUGUAACAAAUUUUGCUUCUCUCCAAAUAAGCUACAGGAUAUAGACGUGAAAAGAACAUGUCUUCAGUAAACACCAGUGCUGACUGGUCUUUGUCAAAGAACUGCACAUAUUCCUAUGAUCUCGCUUUUCCUUUGGUUCCCUAUAUGAACUGUCCCUCCAAUCGCAAGUAUGCUGUAAAGGUCAUACCUCUUAUCUUCUGCGUACUAUCCAUCCUCGGAACAUUUGGAAAUCUCUGGAGCCUGUGGGCUUGCCUGAGGCCAUCCCAGCCUUGGAGUAUAGGAUCCAUAGGUGUCCUGAACCUAGCUCUGUGUGACCUCGCCUAUCUGGCCUCUAUGGGACCCUGGACUGUCUACAUCUACUCUGACUAUCACUGGAAAAUGGGCCGUUCGCUAUGCAUCGGGGUGAAAAUCUUAUACUUUGUCGGUUUGACGUCUAGCACCGUGUUCAUAUGCGCCAUCAGCACCGACCGUUUCCUUGCCAUCGUCUUCCCUUUGGAAUCCAGAAUGAUUCGCACUACAAGGAACGGCGUGUUGGUUUCACUUCUGCUGUGGGCUAUCAUUGCCUUACUCAUUUAUUUCAGCUAUCCUAACAUUUUAUUCUGGGUGAGGAAGGAUGGUCUCCAUGUGUGUGGAGCUGUUAUGAUAUCUAGGUUCAGGACCACUGAAGCCACCUACAAUCUCAUGUCAUACUACUCCAUUCAAGUAUCCGUCCCUCUGCUAAUCAUCAUUCCAUCCUAUAUGAAAAUCAUUGCCCGGAUGAAGCAGUUACGACAGCAGUGGGGUCCGGGGAACAUGCAAACCCGGGACAAGACCAUCUGUCUGAUAGGUGUCUUCAUUGCCAAUUUUCUGGUGUGUUGGGUGCCCGGACAGCUGCUUCACAUCGUCGCCUUUAUCAUUUACUUCAUUUUGGAUGACUGUAGCAAUAUCUGCUGGGUUGCAUGGGUGGUUAAUAUCCUUACGGAAGUCUCGCAAAUACUGUAUUGUCUGAAUGCAUGUCUGGAUCCUUUGAUUUUUUACAUGCAGCAGAGGCACAGAGAGCUGCUGCCAAAAGAAGCGUUGGCAAACUGCUGUAGAAAGAUAAUAAAGCGAUGUAAGAAGCAAGAGUUAGGGGGGCCUACAGGGGAACCUUUCACUGUGAUUCAAAAACACAACGGAAAACAUCCGAAAUAGUAAAAUAUAUGGCCACACUGCAAAAAAUUAUUUUCAAGAAAAAAAUUCUUAGUAUUUUUGUCUUGUUUUCAAUAAAAAUAUCAAAAAA